AUUACAUUAUCGUGGUUUCGAUUGAACUUACCGUUUAAGCAUCCUUACAGUUAGCAGCUCAAAGUAAAGCUGGAAAAGAUUGUGUUUGCACGAUAGCUAGAAUACAGCAUGAAGUAUCUGUUUGUGUACCUGUGGGCCACCUUUGGCCCGCUGGCCUGUGGUAGCUUAGAGCAGCAGUGGCUGUUGUCUGCAGCCACGUCAAGCUUCUCACAGGAGCUGUACCAGAAGGUGGCAGGGGACAAGUCUAGUGUGGUGUACUCUCCAUACAGUGUUCACUCGGCCCUGUCUAUGACGUCACUGGGUGCCAGAGGAGAGACGGCCAAUGAAAUGGCCAAACUGCUCCAUCUGCUCAGUCUUGGUGACUCGACACACCAGAUAUACAGAGAACUGAUCACUGAGCUGUACUCCACCGCCAAUGAUACUCUGACCAGCGCCAACGCAAUCUUCAUCAACCCCGAGAAGUUCAUCCUGCCCGAGUAUGUGGCACAGGUCAAGACAAAUUACCUGGCCAAAGUUGACCAUUUUGAUAUGUCUGCCCCUGAGGGUCCGGAGAAGGUCAUUAAUGACUUCGUGGCUGAGAACACGGACAACCAGAUUCAGGACAUUCUCCCAAAGGGUACCAUUGAACCCACGACUGUUAUUGUUCUCGUCAACGCCGUUCACUUCAACAACACCUGGGACACACAGUUCCUCACAAAGCUGACUAAACCAUGUGACUUCUACCAAUUAGGAGGUGCUGUUAUAAAGGUCCCUAUGAUGAACAAUGUGCAGAGGGUGAUGUACAAGAGCGACAACUCUCUCGGUGUUGAAGUUGUAGAGUUGCCGUUCACUGAUCGAAGGUUUAGUUUCUACAUCGCACUGCCGCUAAAGAUUGACGGCAUCACUGACCUAGAGAAGCUCAUCCUGUUCAAAGACAAAGUGAACAUGCUGUUCACCGGGCUAAGCUACAAAAUCCUUGACCUCUCCAUCCCCAAGUUCAAGAUAGAAUCAACGCUGGACCUCAUCCCUCCUCUCAAAUCCCUGGGCCUGAUCAAAGCCUUCAGUCCAACAGAGGCCGACUUUAGCGGCAUCACCAACUCAGGCCAGGCCUACAUCAACAACAUCAUCCACAAGACGGUCAUCGAUGUCACAGAAACUGGAACAACGGCAGCAGCCGGCAGUGCCGUGGUCCUAAGUGUGAGAACUUCCAGGCCCAGGGGUUUGAAGUUCCACGCCAACCACCCCUUUGUUUUCUUUCUCCGUGACAACACCAAUCAACAAAUUUACUUCCAGGGAAAAUUUUCCGGUUAAACUUUUUAGAAAACUUGAAUCAUUUAUUUGGUCUGAUUUAGUUUUUGCACUAGUUUAUUUUUAUUUUCAUUAAACAGAGAAUAUUUUUUUUAAAUUCUUAAUCAAAAUGACAUCACAAAAUUAUUAUUUAAUUAAAAUGUUGACUGGCGAUUGUCUCUGAGUCUUGUUAACUGAAGUCAAAAACGUAAAAAGUAAACACAAUAAAAUUUCUAUAAGCCAAAA